UAAAUAUUUGUGGAAACGCUAAAGCGAUAUAACAAAGUAUGCAGUGUGUGUUAAAGUAUUAGUUUUUUGAUCGUUUGUUGACUUAUAAAUCAUAACCUCAAAAUAGUAGUGGUAUUAGUGUAUUAUUAUACGAAUAAAUGUAAAAAGUUUAUGAUUCACGGGUUGUUUACAUUGAGUUGUUAUGGAAAAACGCAAUGAAGUUAGUUUAGAGGAUUUUCCUCCCGAUAUACAAUCUUCUAUAAAAGAAAUCGUGAAAAAUGAGGGAUACAUUAAAUAUGACGUUAGUGUUAACAAUAUUUCCACAAACGGCAACAACUUUUUGGGAGAAUUAUACGAAUUGAACAUAACAGGUGAAACUGUGAAUGGUGAUAAGGAAAUAAACAUAUUUCUGAAACAGAUUAUAAAUAAUGACGACUUCAAAAUAUAUUCUAUACGAGAAGUGUAUGCAAAGGAAGCAUUCUUUUAUAAUGAACUAGCUGAAAUAUUUAAUGAUAUACAAAUCAAUGCCAACAUUCCCAUUGAAGAAAGGUUAAAAAUCGUACACAGUUAUAAAGAAACUAGUACAACCACGAUUAUAUUAGAGAAUUUAGUAAAGAAAGGCUACAAACCAGGAAACAGAUUUGAUCUUUUAACUCUGGACUUUGCAGAAAUGUCGCUUAAAGAACUUGCAAAAUUCCAUGCCUUAUCUUUUGUACUAGAAAAGAAAAAGCCUGAAUAUUUUGAUAACAACAUAAGGACGAUAAAACAAUCAUUUGUCUAUGACGAGUAUUGGGAUGAUUUAGUGAAGAGAAUGUGCGAAAUAUCGAUUUCUAAUUUGAGUGAAGACAAAAAAUCGAGUGUUAGAAAGUUUAUACCGACUUCAUUGAGAAAAUACCCCUUGUAUAUGACUGGAGCGACGGCUAGUAUCAGAUGUUUGUGCCAUGGCGAUUUUAAAACGAAUAAUAUUAUGAGGAAAGAUGAGAACGGCAAAUUAACCGAAGUAAUACCGAUCGACUACCAGCAAAUAUACUACGGGAAUCCAAUAAUAGAUCUCAUUUACUUCAUUUAUGCUGCCAGCGACAGACCCUUUCGGAAAGAAAAUCUACACCAUCUAAAGAACUUGUACUAUGAGGAAUUUACAAAAUUCCUCAACUAUUUUCACAUAGAAGUGGAAUCAGUUUUUCCUAGAGAAAGUUUUGAAGAAAGUUUCAAGGAAAGUUUGGAUUAUGCACUCAUGUUUUCGUUAUUUAUGUAUCCGUUUUUAUUUGCGAGUGGUGAUGAAGCGCCAAGUGGUAAUGAUGAUUUGAGUGAUGUGGUGAUUAGAGUUGAUGAUCGAUUGCAUGAAAGGAUGGAAGGGGUUGUUGAUGAUUUUAUAGAAUUGGGAGUAUUAGUUUAAUUGAUACGCGUUGUAAAAUUUAAGAGUAUAUGAAAAGAGUUGAUAUGAGUAUAAUGUUAUUAGGAAUUAUCAAUCACAUACUAUCUUAUUUUAAAAUGUAAGGGUGCUUUUCCACUAUAAAUGUGUGA